GGCGGCGCCGCUGCAGUGCGGGACCCGCUCGCCCGCCGUCCCCGCGCCCGCGCGUCCCCGCGCAGCCGCCUCCGGCCUCCGGCGCCGCGCAUCCAGGUACGAAGCGGGCAGCGGGUCGCCAUGGCCUCGCCAUCGGCUCAGCAGCUGGAGGAGGACGACGGCCUGAGGGGCUGCGAGCUCUAUGUGCAGAAGCACGGCGCCCAGCAGGUGCUCAAGGACUGCAUCGUGCAGCUCUGCAUCUCCAAGCCCGAGCGCCCCAUGAGGUUCCUCCGGGAGCACUUCGAGAAGCUGGAGAAGGAAGAAAACCGACAGAUCCUGGCGCAGCAGAAGUCAGCCUCCCAGUCGGACUCGCACGAUGAGGAAUUGUUCCCGUCGCCGCCCAACCCAGCGGUGCAAGCCCGGCACCGGCGUGGGGGAGUGAGUGCCGAGGUGUACACAGAGGAGGAUGCCGUGUCCUACGUGCGGAAGGUCAUCCCCAAGGACUACAAGACCAUGACGGCACUGGCCAAAGCCAUCUCCAAGAACGUGCUCUUUGCUCACCUGGAUGACAACGAGAGAAGCGACAUAUUCGAUGCCAUGUUCCCCGUCAUGCACAUCGCUGGGGAGACCGUCAUACAGCAAGGGGACGAAGGGGAUAACUUCUACGUAAUCGACCAAGGGGAAGUGGACGUGUAUGUGAACGGAGAGUGGGUGACCAGCAUCAGUGAAGGCGGCAGCUUCGGGGAGCUGGCCCUCAUCUACGGCACCCCCAGGGCGGCGACUGUGAAGGCCAAGACGGACCUCAAGCUCUGGGGCAUCGACCGGGACAGCUACCGGCGCAUCCUCAUGGGCAGCACACUAAGGAAGCGCAGGAUGUACGAGGAGUUUCUCGGCAAAGUCUCCAUCCUGGAGUCCCUGGAGAAGUGGGAGCGUCUGACCGUGGCUGACGCACUAGAGCCCGUCCAGUCUGAGGACGGAGAGAAGGUCGUGGUCCAGGGGGAGCCUGGGGACGACUUCCUCAUCAUCACAGAGGGCACAGCCUCCGUCCUCCAGCGCCGGGCCCCCGGUGAGGAGUACGUGGAGGUGGGGCGCCUUGGGCCCUCCGACUACUUUGGGGAGAUCGCGCUGCUGCUGAAUCGGCCCCGGGCGGCCACCGUGGUGGCCCGCGGGCCCCUCAGGUGCGUGAAGCUGGACCGGCCCCGCUUCGAGCGCGUGCUGGGCCCCUGCUCCGAGAUCCUCAAGAGGAACAUCCAGCGGUACAACAGUUUCAUCUCCCUCACCGUCUGAGC